AUGGUUUUGGCUGCGGCCUGUGGCAAUGCCAGAGUUCUGUUCGGACCUCUGUUGGAUUUUGGUCUCAGGUUUGGCACAGAGCAGAAGCUCAGUUUGGGGUUUUGUUGUUGCCUGCUCUGCCCCUAGUUCUGGAGGCUUUUAGAGGACCGAUGCUACGGGCUUUCCAUAGAAAAGGGGAUCUGGACACGAGCUCAAAAGGAGUGUGAAUAUCAGCAGUCUCAGCUUGUGGUGAUCCGGAACGUGGCAAAAAAAGAUGAGCUGAAGGCAAUGGCAGGUGUGGGGAAUCAUCCGGUGUGGAUUGGAUUACAAGUAUCCAGAAAUGAAUGGCAAUGGGUGGACAAGUCCUCGUUCAAUAGCACAGACUUUGGUCACCUUCCCGUGGUGGAGAAUCACUGCGGGACCUUCAAGAACAGCCAAGUGGAGGAGGAUGACUGUAACGGUGAACACAAGUGGGUCUGCCAGAAAGAACCUUUACGUCUCCAGCCAUAAUGUGAAGGAGAUGGAGGGGAACGCAGCCCCUCACCCUGAUGUGUGCCCAUUCUAUAAGCCCUAAGCAUUGGGGUGAAGCUCUGCAAUAUGGCUUUGGAAGGAUUUGGGGGUGUGCAGAGCCCAGCGCUCCCCGGGCACACGGGGUGACAUCACUGUAUGCACUCAUGCAAUCAGCUCAUCAUCCUGUGUUAUUUCUUGCCAUAAUAAAUACAUGAAUAAAUAAAACACGGCUGUUGUUCAUGCA